GGAGCUCGCCUGCGACGUUUGGCGCCCCACGUGGCAGCGGCGCCUCCCCGCCAGGCCGGCGCCGCCGCCGCUGCACUCCUCUGCGGAGCGGCGCGUCGUCGCGGCGCGCGCGCUCGUGCAAGCGCUCGAGGGGGCCUGCGGCUGGCUGCGGCUGAACGGCCACUUCCUGCGCCUUCACGACGGGGGCCUGCACAACCGGAAAGGCAGGGCCGUGGCGGUGGGGACCCUCCGCUUCCACGUGCGCGGCCUGCCCACGGCGAGGCGUGCCAAGUGGGUGAUGCCGCUCAUCCUGGCCAUCGUCCCCCUGCUGAAGGAUCGCGGUCAUGACGUGUUCAUCCAGACCAGGGAACUGUUCGCCACAAUGGAGGACGGCGCGCUCAUCAAGAUCGAACUGUGCGCGAGUCGGUUCGAAUGAGUCCCCGAGGAAUUGAACGCGGCGAUGUGGAGCAUUGCUGCCCUCCUCCUCUCACGCAAAGAAGGCUAUGUUGCAUCCACUUGCGCUGUUGCGCACAUUCACAGCCGCUCUCCGGGAUUUGGCUAGGGAUGUCUGCUUCGCCGCGUGGGUGUAGUGCUGAAUGGGUG